AUGGCCACAGCCAUAUCCGACGACCAAACUACUAUAGCAACACCGAGAUGUGGGUGUGCUGCAAAUGCGGCGACGGCCCAAAAGUGUACAGCCAUCAGACUCAGUGCGUCAUGUGCCAACAUGAGGCCUGUUAUAUAUGCUCUCGCGUCAAAUGAACGCGACUGCCAGUCAACUGAGAUUUACGAUUCGUCUACGCGCACUUGA